AUGGUUUCAAUUAAUGCCUUUUUUACACAGAAUUUCAAGGAACGUUUAAUUGACUAUGAUCCUGCCGAAGAAGAAGAAGAAAAAGAAUCUGACAACUUGAAUGAAGAAACUGAUGAUUCAGAUGAAGAAGAUAUUGCAGAUAUUAUAGAUGUCAAUGAAAAGACUUUUGGUGAUUGGAUAGACAGACAUGAUAAACAGGGAUGGUCUUUAAAUAAUGGUGAUAAAGUUAGAGAUGUCUUGUUGAAAAUGACAUAUGAAAUUGCUGAAAAUGCCAAGAAAUUAACUAAAAUGGAUGGAAAGACUUUGAGUGUUAUAAGGCUUGGACUUUCGUCUAUAAUUGAUCUGUCUUCUGAAUUCGAGGGAGGAAUGCAUACUUGGUUUGGUCAAGAUUGGAAGGAUUUAAAAAAAAAGGUUUCAAAUCAUAUAAAUUUAAAAAUAAAAAAAUUUGAAGGAGAGAUUUUAUCUGAUAUCAUCAAAGUAGAAGAAUUUUGUGCCAUGUACAGAUAUUGGGAUGCACGUAUAUACUUGUUGGAUAGACUAAAAGAACGACCUAGUGAUGAUAAACAUCGGCAAGUUGUAAAGAUAUACUAUUUGAUAAUUGACAUGCUUUUAGAAAAUCCUCAUACUUUUGUUGAUAAAGAAGGAGAAAAUAAACAAUUAACGGAACUUGAAUAUAUCAUGAAGAUGACGAGUCCCAUUUUAGAUAUAAUUUUUUCAAAUAAUCAUAAUAUUAUUGAUUUGAAAUGGGGUGAAACAGUUUCCAAAGCCACCAAAAGUCGUAAAAUUGAUUUAAGAGUGUUAACUGUUGACAGCAUAGAAUUGUCACAUUCGGAGUGUGCACGUGCUGCAACAACAAUAAAAAUAAUAAAAGAUAGAAGUAAGUGUUUAAGAACAAAUAAAUGUAUUUUGGAUCAAUACCUUAUGCAUGAUCUUUCUGAGGAUGCCGUAAAAGAUUCUACAUUUUUUGGAUUGCAAUUAGCAGGUUUACAUGGACAACUUUUUGGAAUUGAUCUACUUGAUAGAGGAUUAUAUUUUGGUUUUGAUGGGCCCAUAUUUAGAUUUCCUGCGCAAUUAAUUAACAUUAAGGAAUUAAAGAAUUCACUUGAAGAUAAUAUCAUCAAAAAAGCUAACUAUGUGUCCUAUGAUAAUAACAAUAUUACAAGAAUACUCCAUUCGGGAAUAACUGUAAAACCUAAACAUUUCAAAGUUGAUUAUAUUGUGAAAACUUAUCUUACACCAAAAAAGAAUAUUUUAAAAAAUGAG